AUGUUGUUCAAGAGCGAGCCAGAUGUCAAGAUGGCCAUCAUUCCGUCAGGGUCUAAAUCAUCACCCAUCGAGCUAUCCGAUACAUCAGAUAUAGAAGAAUUCAAUGCCGUCGGAUUGACUUCAAAUUACUCGGUUCAUCGACGUACUCCUUUGACAUGUCCUAACCAAGACUUUAUUGGGCAGCUGGCUGUAAUCAAGCGUGCGCGGUGGUUGGAUAGGGAAGAGACGAGUGAGCUGAGCUAUGCCCGGGCCAUUGCAGUAGGUCUUCAUCAUGCUUCAAGCAAAGGCUUCUCUGACCAAUCCCAUCUAGAAAUUACUUCUGUGUCGGAAAUAAAACAACUCCCAUGGGUAGGGCCAAAGAUCACCGACAAGAUGAGACAAUAUCUCAAAACUGGGAUGAUCGAAGAGACCCAGAUGCUUCAACGUGAUCCCAUGUAUAAUAUACUGGCAGAAUUCACCAAAAUUUACGGCAUCGGACCAACCAAAGCACGACAAUUGUACGACAUGGGGCUGCGUUCAUUUGACGACUUGAAAGAAUACUUUUCACGAGAACUGGAGUCGGCAAAGAGCAAGGAUAUUGCAAAUACACAGAGUAUGCUCCACUCUCUUGCACUGCGCGAUGAAUUCGAGCUCAAGAUCUCCCGAGCUGAAGUAGAGCAGAUUGCACGACUUGUUGCCGAAGAACUUGAGAACAUCAAUCCCGGACGUGGAAAGCCAGAGAGUAACGAUAUUGACAUUGUCUUCUCUCACCCCAUCAACCAAAAAGGGAAAGGAGGUAUGGACAUUCUUCUUUCUCGGUUGCAAAAACGUGCUCCGUCUUCCUUUAGGACUCCAGGAGGUAUGAAAUCGUAUUCCCAAGACCAGGCCCUUCAACGCGUUCUAUCUGUGUUUGUAUUGCCGCAAGAUGCACCUUCUUUCCCAAACAAUCCCGCUGGGCAACCCCGUAUUCACCGUCGUGUUGACCUAAUAUACGCCCCUAUGCAAAGUUAUUGGUGUGCCGUAGUUGGAUGGUAUGUAGUUUCGCAGUUUCGCAUCAUGUCCAGUCUCUCAGCCCCCUCUUUUAGGACUGGGUCCAUCACAUUCGAGCGCGAUUUACGAAGGGAAUAUAAAUUUGAUAGCAGCGGUCUUACGAGGCGUCGGGAUAUGGCCCGCAUCUUGGUUCAGUCUGAACGUCAUCUAUUCGAGAUGCUGAGGCUUCCAUACAUCGAGCCAAUUUACAGAAAUUGCGACUAUUAA